CGCCUGCGCACCACUGCUGACUCUUGCCGACGGUGUGUUAGUCACGCGAGUAGAGAGUCCGUGAAAACUUUGUGCAUUUUCUUUUUAUUUAUUUCUUCAGUCAGUGCAAAACUUCAUAUUGAAUCCCAGAUUGAUAUUGUGGACAUCCGUGCUCUGCUAUGUCGUCGAGAGGACCCCGCAACCAAGGUUUUUACGGACAUGACGACCGUGUUGGAGACCGCGGAGGCAACCGCGGACGUGGUGGUCAGCGUGGCGGAGGCAGGAUGGGCAACAGAGGCGGAUUUGGUGCUCCUAUCCUCAAGCGUUACAACCGCCCAAAGUUCGGUGGCGCAUCAGGUGGACAACCUGGCUACGGUCGGCGAGAUGGAAACAGGGCCAGGUUUGCAGAUGAAGAUGGGGACAUCGAGAUGCAGGGGGGCAACCUACCCGACCACAUGCGCAACCGUUUCAAGCCGUACAACUCGUACAACCGCAACAGGAAAAGGAGGGGCAUGCCUGACAGGAGAGGAGGCAGGGACAGGGCUGUAUACGUUCCGCCACACCUACAGAACAAGAGCAGUGAAGGCACAUGGUACAGAGUUGUGAUUCCUCAUGGCAAGAAGCAUGGGAAGGACUUCAUCCUCAGAGAAAUUAAGGCGAGGAUGAGCAUUCCACUCAUUCCGUACAAUUUCCAGUUUGACGGCCACAAUGCUGUUUUCUAUCUCAACGAUGUCGCAACUGCUGCAGCGGUGCGCAACCUGAACAAAGUCAUUGACACGUCUUCUGGUUUCAAGAUGGCCAUCAUAACCAAGGGCUCCGAUGUGCCGAUCGUGGCUGUCGAUGAUGACAUAAUGACCAGUCUCAAGUUGGUGAUGAGCAAGCGCUACGAUGCCGCUCGCGGCCACCUCGACUUGUCGAACUUCCAAAAGGACGAGACCCUGAAAGAGCUCAACCUCUACAUCACCUUUACCCGGACAAGCAUCAUGUCUAUUGCGGUCAAGAUCAUCGUGGAGAACGUUCCUGAGGUUCAGACACUGGACUUGUCAAACAACAAGUUGACCACGCUCUACCCCCUUGGUCCGAUUCACAGCGCAUGCAAGCAGCUGCGCUCCCUCAACUUUGCCAACAACCGGAUUCUCAAGAUGGCCGAGUUGGACAGCAUGAAGGGCAUGUCUUCUGUCCAAGAGCUGAUCCUGGAGGGCAACCCUGUCUGCACAGCAUACAAUGACAAGAGCGAAUACAUCAGCGCGGUGCGGCUGCGCUUCCCCAAGGUCAUCCUGCUGGACCACAACGAGCUCCCACCUCCCAUCUCAUUCGACCUGGGCUUGGAAGAAACGAUUCCCUUGUCAAAGCCAAGUUACUUCCCCUCAGAGGAGGUGAAGCAGAUUGUCGUGCAGUUCCUGGAGCAGUACUUCACCAUCUUUGACUCAAAGGACAGGAGUGGCUUGUUGGACGCCUACCAUGACAAUGCCAUCUUCUCCAUGAGCUCUGUAAAACUCCCACAAACAAAGACUGAUGCCAGGGAAUUCACAAGAGACAGCAGAAACAUCAUGAAGGUCACAAACCUUGAGUCUAGACGUGAAAAGCUCAAGACAGGGCGGGUCAACAUCGUGUCGCUUCUCAACCAGCUGCCUGAGACUCGGCACGACCCUAGCUCUUUCACCGUCGACAUCCCUCUCGUGACGCCAACCUUGAUGUGCUUUACGGUGUUCGGAAUCCUGAGGGUCGUGAGCAAAGGUCUCAUCGUACCAUCGGUAAAAAGCUUCACGAGGACCUUCUUCGUUGUUCCUCAGGGGGCAGGGUUUUCCAUCAUAAACGAGACCCUCUUCGUCACGGGAGGGACUGAGGAUCAGAUCAGGGCAUACCCCACACCGGAAAAUGCACCGCCGACACCUGCACCCGUGCCAGCCCCUGCUGCAACGAAUGAGCGGGACGGCAUGGUCGUGCAACUGUGUACCCAGACGCGGAUGAACAGAGCCUUUGCGGAAAGGUGUCUGGAACAAAAUGAGUGGAACUUGCAGAAGGCAAUCGCGGUGUUCACCGAACUCAGCGUUCGGGGAGCAAUACCCCCGGAGGCAUUCCAAAGCUGAGAACGUCAUCUUGGCCAGCAGGGUUCCUCGUGAUAAAGUGCAGGGGAGCCGCUGUUAAUUUUCUGUAAAUAGGCUUUUUUUUUAGUCAUGUAAAUAAUUAGCCACCAAACAGUAACCAUUUGUCACUCUUGUACAUAAGAUUAAGAAAAAAAAAGAGCAGCUGCAAAACCGAUCAUGUGCCACAAUAAAUGCAUCUCACCGAA